AUGCUCGUUCUUCCGCCAUACACCCAAAACCAUGGAAAACUCGACCAACCCCCCAGCAAGCUGGUGUCAUACCAGGGAGCCGAAUACAAUGUCAUCAAGGAGGGCCUGGCGAGCAUCUUGAAUCCGCCGGCCCAAGAAGCCGCCUCCAAGGGUACCAGGAGGGACCUCACGGCCGAGGACGAAAGCCAAUCGGUCUUCUACAACCCAAUCCAGCAAUUCAACCGAGACCUGAGCGUUCUGGCGAUUCGUGCCUUCAGUGAACAUGCCAUGGAUUUGAAGAAGCAGAAAGCGGAGCAGAAGUUGAAGAGGCGCGGUGCAGGGAAUGGUGCCAACAAGGGAAAGAAGCGCAAGCGCGAGGAUUCGGCUGACGACCAGGCGCCCAAGCCAUCUGUGGAGGGAGAAAAUGCAGUCCAGUCCGAGACUCUCGAGCAGUCUGCGCCUGCACCAGAUGAGAGGCCAGAGGCGCUGGUCGACCCCGGCCUCGCGCCCUCAUUCACAGUCCUCGAUGCCCUCUCUGCGACCGGUCUGCGCGCCCUGCGAUACGCCUCCGAAUUGCCCGCGGUUUCCAAAGUGGUGGCCAACGACCUGUCGGCCUCCGCGAUCAAGUCGAUGAAGACGAACAUCGAAUACAACAAGCUGCAGGACCGCAUCCAGCCGAAUCUGGGCGAUGCGCGCGCCUACAUGUACAGUGCCUGCACCGAUGUAUCCAAUAAAUUUGACGUGAUCGACCUGGACCCGUACGGUACUGCAGCGCCCUUCCUGGAUGCGGCCAUUCAGGGCGUUAAGGACGGCGGUCUUCUCUGUGUCACCUGCACCGACGCAGGUGUCUGGGCCUCUACCGGGUACGCCGAGAAGGCGUUUGCCUUGUACGGCGGCAUUCCGAUGAAGGGUCUUCACUCGCAUGAGGGCGGACUGCGUCUGAUCUUGCAUGGUCUGGCCAUGUCCGCUGCCAAGUACGGAAUCUCGAUUGAGCCGCUGCUUUCGCUGUCGAUCGAUUUCUAUGCCCGCGUGUUCGUGCGUGUGUCUCGUUCCCCGGCGCAGGUCAAGUUUACUGCGAGCAACACGAUGACUGUGUAUAACUGCGAUUCUGGAUGUGGUGCGUGGACUACACAGCCCCUGGCCGCGACAAAGGAGAAGCUUGAUCGCAAGGGAAACCCCUUGUAUCACUACAAACUGGCCCAGGGCCCCACGGCCAACACUUACUGUGAACACUGCGGCUUCAAGACACAUCUUGCGGGACCGAUGUGGGCAGGCCCGCUUCAUAAUCCUCACUUCAUCCAGCGGAUUCUGGAUCUUCUUCCCAAGUUGGACCCGGAGACUUACCAGACCAUCCCCCGCAUUGAGGGCAUGCUCACCACCGCUAUGGAAGAGGACCUGGACCUCAGCCCCUCCACCAUCAAGUCUGUUGGUCAGCAGCAGCAACAAUCAAACCCUGAGGUGACGGAGGCCAAUCUCCAACAAGAAAAUGCAUACCCAGCUAUUAUCCCGCGUAUGGACCCGGCGCGCCAGGAGCCAUAUCCUUUCUAUUUCCCCCUAAGCGCUCUCUCAAAGGUUCUCCACUGCGCUACCGUUGGACUGGACGAGUUCCGUGGUGCGCUUCGCUCCGUCGGGUACCGCUCCACCCGCAGCCAUGCCAAGCCGAACUCCAUCCGCACCGAUGCCCCCUGGAGUGUCAUUUGGGAGGUCAUGCGCGAAUGGGUUCGUCAACACUCUCCCAUCAAGGAGACUUCCCUGAAGCCCGGUACCCCCGGCGCCGCUAUCAUGGCUAAGAGCCGCGAUAAUCUGCGUAGGGUCAGCAGCGAAGACCCCUGGCUGUCCCAGCUGAAGAACGAGCUUCUUGCUGCUGUCGAAUCUGGAAAGGACGUCAGCGACCUGGUCACCAAGGUCGAAGCCUCCCUGUACCGAUCCGGAUCCCGACAGUCUUUCCUGACCCAAGCGCAAUCGGCUGAUGCUCAGGCCAAGCCUGCUACGGAUGGUCCGGCCGGGCAGCCGCACCCCAGUACGCUGGAGGUGAAGUUCGAUGCCGCGCUGGGGCGUGAGGCGUCGGCGGCACACUCGAAGAAACGCCUGGUGCGGUAUCAGAUCAAUCCUCGUGCGAACUGGGGCCCGCUGAACCGUGCGGCGAUAAAAUCAAGCUGA